AUGUCGGAAGCCUACGAGCGCGAGCGUCAGAACAAUGACCGGCUGGACGAGCUCUCCGCCAAGGUCUCGGCGCUGCGAGGCGUCACCAUGGACAUUUACGACAACGCUCGCGCCCAAGACGUCAUCGACAACACCUCCGAGACCUUCUCCGCCAUGGCUUCGCAGAUGAAAGGCUCCGCCACUCGCCUUACCCGCAUGGCCGCGUCAGGCAACAAGGUCGCCAUCCUCAAGCUCUCGGGCAUCAUCAUCGGCAUAUUCAUCGUGCUCUUCUACGUCCUUAAGCUUUUUCUCUGA